AUGUCACAUGGAAGAUGGGAAAGCACAGCCAAGACUUCUCCAAAAGAUAUUUUCGUUGUCAAAUCUAACAUCCUCAAAGGCAACACUGCGCAGCAAAGAAAUGAUCAUAUUCACAGUGUACAGCAUGAAAUUCUCUCGCAAAAAGGACAAUCAGGAAGAAUUCAUGGUGCGGGGGCCGGUGUGGAUGAAGCGGUUUCCGAACCCGCAAACAAUUAUCGAUUCGUACUCUAA